AACUGGCGGCUGGAGGAGGACUCCGACGAGGACGCCCGACUCAACCUGACGAUCACGAGCCCCAACACGGCGUUCUGGACGCUGAUCGUCUACGCCGAGGCGCUCGACCUCGACCACGUACUCGACCAGACGCUAGCAGCGCUGCGGGAGGAGUAUCCGGAGAUCGAGAUUGCCGACGCCGAUCAAGAGAUCGCCGGCCAGUCGAUCCGCGGCAAGGACGCCUCGUUCUUUUGUCUCGACCUGACCAGCACCACGCGGCUGCGGGCCCUCCACCGCGGGGCGUCGACGUACUUGAUCCUCAGUCAGGCGGAGGACCGUGAGAUGAAGGUUGCGGGCGCCGUCUUCGAUGCGAUCACGCAGAGCCUUUUGGCGGGGACCGUGCCUCUUGGCGGGGAGUAG